CGUCAAGGUCGUCAGGCUUCAUCAAGGAUUUCUAAAGCCAUCACCAAAUGCCACAUACAGGAUAUGAUAGGUGACAAAUCAUCGACCUUGGUAACCAGGCAUUGAUGCUCUUUACCAUUCAAAAGGAUCAUACAAAGACUGUUCAUUUCAUUCAACAUUUCUGGCCCCAAACGCAAGAUCUCCUUCUGUCGUUUACAAGGAUGUCGCUUCAAGAUUUGAUAAAUCGAUCGGAUUCCCAGCAGAAUAGUUCUAACGUAACGUUGCUGCCAAUAGACACCUGCACAAGCACUACCACCUCGCAAGCAACUGUGAUCUCCAAAUCGAUAGCUUACUCGAUUAUUCUUUGCGUAUCUCUCAUCGGUAACAUUCUAGUGGUGUUUGUGAUCUACAAGAACAGAUCCAUGCGCACCACCGUCAACUAUUUCAUAGUCAACAUGGCCUUGUCGGAUCUGAUUAUUCCUAUUCUUGUUCUACCGCUCCGAAUAUCAAAUGUGACAUCAUCGAGGGAAUGGAGAGUCCAUGGAACAAUAGGUGCUUUCUUGUGCAAGUUCGUUUACUUUAUUUCGGACAUUACGCCAACGGUGUCUUCUGUUAGUCUUGUGUUGAUGACGUUUGAUCGUUUUUGCGCAGUUGCAUUCCCGAUGAAAGCAGCGUUGAUCCCAGCAAGAUAUCGUGUGGUUCUCAUAGCAUUCUCGUGGGUGGUAACCAUGGCGUUUUUCGCACCAUAUUUCUACGCGUUCAACCUGAUGAAAAAUGGAAACAUGUGGAUUUGCAUGCCUACUUGGCCGAACUAUUCGCAUAAAAUCUUCACCAUUCUAGCAUGCGUGCUGUUUAUUAUCCUUCCAUUUGUGUUGCUUAUCAUAUUGUAUACCGCGAUCCUUGUCAUUCUUCGACGCAACAGAGGUGCUGGGGAAGAACUAGAGAUGCAGCGAAAACGGCGAGCGAAAAUCAACAUUAGUGUGAUCAAACUGGCCUUAACUAUAGUAAUUGUCUUUGCAGUUUGUUGGGGACCCUUGAACGCAGUUCUUUUUGUUUUAACAUUAUGGGAUUAUAAUGUUCCUGCGAACCUUCGCUGUGCUUUGCCAACAAUCAUUGACGUAGUCCAGUUUUUAGCCUACUCCAACCCAGCGAUUAAUCCUCUCAUUUACUUUAUCCUAAACGAAAACUACCGAACUGGCUUGAAAAGAGCAAUUACUAAAACCAUUCAUGGCCGAAAUGCUGUAAUCGAGUCAAGUGGCCUUGGAAUCCACUCGGCACAGCACAGUCGCAAUGUGAAUCAUUUCACAAAAGAAAUAAGGAUGACUCUUUUGAGAUCCCCCCGUGGUUCAAGCUCAUGAAGAGUUGAAAGAACUACGCCGACUCCGCCAACCAUAAAUCAGGUACUUUGGUACAAACAGCAACCACAGAUCUAAACUAGUUGGCUUGCACUUCGUACUCGCUAAUAACAUUAAAAGAGACUGUAUGUUUUCGUGUAAAAAAAGCUUGUCAAUCAAGAACAUGUUUAAAGCAACUUAAAUUCAAACAUUAAGGUUAAUGCCUAUAAUAAUACAUUCAUAGAUUUGGGGCAAACCUUAUUUGAAAUAGCUUGGCUUUCAAGGCCGUGUUAGUUUUGCACUAGAUACAUGUUGCCAAGAUUGCAUAAGCCGCUUUCAGUUAGCGUAUGUUCAAUACUUUUAAACCAGCCUCCGCAAAGCCGUAUUAACUAGACCUAUUUUCCAAAAGUCAUUAUCUUCUGAGUCAAGGCAAAUUGAAGUUAUAAAUCUUGUCAAAAAAAUGUCGCUUUUGUUUCAUUGGUUUUGUUUAAAAUAAUAUCGCGAACUUGUCACUAGAGGAAACAAAAUAUGUACCAAUAUUCCUCUUCUUAGUUUUCUUUGCUAAAAACCUAUCAUCUUGGCUCAUUGUUUAACAAUCAAAAAGCCGGGUCUAUCUUCCCCCGCUAUUAAUAAGAACACGCUUUUGACAUUUGCUUUUCGAGAUUGUGUUAGCAUUUGUCUGUAUAUACAAAGUGAUCUUACUGGCCUUACUUUCACAAACAAUGUGGUUCUUGUUCAUUUUCCCAACGGAUGUGGAAGCGUAGAUCGGUUCUUUGAGCAUAAUUAUAACAUAAUUUGGUGGAAAACAAA